AUGGAAAGUCCUCCAGAUGUCGCAGAAAACCCUGAAAUUUUCCCAACUCAAAAUCGACCGACACAAAACCAAUUCGGGAAACUUCCAAGCCGGCACGCGUUAACGGCAACAGUAGCCGGCGAACAGAGCCGUCUGUUAUACGUCACAGAUGUAAUAACGAAAGUUCGCUACCUCGUCAAUACUGACGCAGAAGUUAACGUUCUUCCUGCAAAUUCCAACGACCGGCUUCGCCAAUCAGUUUUAAACUUACAAGCGGCAAGCGGAAAGCCUAUCGCCACAUACGGUAAAAGGUACAUUUACCUUAACCUCAGUACUAAUAUCGUAGUGGAUCAUAAUUCUACAGGUUUACGCAAACCUAUACACUGGAUUUUUGCUGUUGCAGAUGUUUCAAUGCCUAUCAUUGGCAUAGACCUCCUACAACACCAUAAUCUACUCAUCGAUACACGCAAACGGAGGCUAGUAGACGUAAAUACUAAUUUAUCUGCUUGCGUAACUUCUUUUUCUGGUUGCAGAUUAUCCCCAGUCACAAUUAAGCAUACAGUAGACCCACUUUAUCAACCACUAAUCGGUAAAUAUCCUGGGAUUCAUCAAACGCAACCGAAACUACCGUGUGUAACCAGCAACGUUAAAUAUCACAUCACGACUGCAGGACCACAUGUAUUCUCUAAAGCACGACGACUAGCCCCUGAAAAGCUAAGGUUGGUGAAAAACGAGUUCGAUCACAUGAUAGACUUAGGUAUCAUAAGACCGUCAAACAACCCAUAUGCAUCUCCGUUGCACAUGGUCCCUAAAAAGGACAGCAACGAUUAG